UAUACAGUACAUGCUACUUGAAUAUUCCACAUGCCGUUUUAGUGGGUUAAACUGCAAAAGCGGAUACAGCGUUGUAACUGCAUUGACUCAACAACAGAAAAUAGAUCUCUUAGUCAUGUAAAAAUGACGCCCACCACCAAUCUCCGAAUCCUCGCUGUCUCCCUGCUCUCCCUCCUUACUGCCCCACUUACCACUGUUGUGGAGACCUCUCCGUCCCCCCCUCCACAGCACCUAGACCGCUCAGGGAGGCCGUUCACUGAGCAGCCCAAAAUCGACCCGAGUCCCUCUCUCCUGCUCCUCGCCAUCAAGGCCAAUAUCCGACCAGCUGCUCUCCAAGGCAGGACCAAAACCCCUGAGAAACUUCCAGAAACCUCAGAGGGAGUCCUGGAGACGCCUCCAAAACCCCUUCCUCAAGUCAUGUUCCCCAAGAAUGUGACUUCAGCUGAGGCCCUCGCACCUCCCUUAGGCGCAGCCCAGGUUGCACCGCGGAUGAUGGAUGUAUGGAUUGAUGUAUGUCGGGGUUACUAUGACGUAAUGGGACAAUUUGACAACGCUUUCAACUGCUCCAAGGACACCUUCAUCUAUUGCUGUGGAACUUGCCACUACCGCUUCUGCUGUCCAGAUCGUAGCCGGCAACUGGAUCAGGACAUGUGCAAAAACUAUGACUCUCCAGACUGGGCCAAGCCACAGACAGACGCCAUGAAUAUACCAGAGGAAUUAGGUCCUGACCCAGACUUUGAUCCACUGAAGCAGCAGAGCCACAACACAGGCUUCGUCAUCGGUGGGGUGAUUGUGUUCAUGGUGGCUGUAGCUAUUGGCAUCAAGGUGGUCUUCAACAAAGUGCAACAAGAAGCCCACCAAAGGGAUCUUAAUAUGCCCAGAGCCCUGGUUGACAUGUUGCGACACCAGUCGAGCCCGGUCCAACAGGAUGAGAGAAACAACAGCGUGGCUCUGGCUGUGGGGGACGGAACAGGGACACUAGGGAGACCUCCAAAAAAUCUUUACGCCCCAGGACUUCCCAGCAAGGACAACAGAUUGGGCAAUUUGCAACACAAUUUCAUCCACCCCUCAGGCUCCAGCCCUAAACACACCGCAACUAUCGAACGCACCCCUCGAAUGAACAAUGCUCAGCUGGCAGCUGGAGGCACCCUGCUCUCCAGUAAACACAACAACACCAAAUCCCAGCCUGCCUUCCACCACUCCCUGCACAACCUGGCUCAGCUGCCUCCCUCCUAUGAGAGUGCCACCAAGCCUGAGCUCAACAGAUACUCCUCACUCAAACGGCUUGAAAAAGGUCUUGAUGAGUACUCCUCUGGUUACUGCACCACCAAGCGCCGGCCUCACACAGCCCAGCCAGCCCUCCAGUCCUCUCAGCACCACCUCCACUGGGGUGGAGACUACACCCUCAGUGGGAGAGGAACCCUCCCCAGGCAUGCAGUCCGUCCCUGGAUCCCACCGCCACCCUCUGGCAUGCCCGCCUCACCCACUCCCAAUCCUUACCCCCUGGAUCCCCCAGAGCCCCAGUACAACCCCAACUAUGACACUCUCUCCAAGCCCGCGAGGAAAGUGAAAUCCACUGAUCAGCUGCUCAACAUGGGUGACGUCCCUGGCAACACAGGAACCCUGUCCCGGCUGUCCAAGAACCAGCAACACCAGUACUACAAAGCCAUGGCUGCCUCCAAUAAGAACUCAAACACGCAGACCCUCACCCGCAAGACCCAGGACAGGCAGGACAGGCCAGAGAGACAGGAACGGCAGGAACGGCAGGAACGGCAGGACCGGCAGGAACGGCAGGAACGGCAAGAACGGCAAGAACGGCUGCUCAUGUCCCCAGACCAUUUGGAGGACAGGAUGGGGGUCAGCGGAAUGGGGGUUGUAGACCCGUACGCCCACACAGGUGGGAUUGUCCCAACGCUGCCUCGCCAGCAGAAGGCCCAGUCCCAGCAGAAUGUCUGCGCCACGCCCUCCCUCGACCGGCACCACAUGAUCAAGAUGAACUCUCACCCCACGUCUGGACGAGAGCAGGAAAGGAACCCGGGCAUGACCGGGCACAUGAGUGGGGGCAUGGGCUGGGCGGGGGAGAUGCCCGGGGCAGGGGUAGUCAUGGGAACGGGAACACUAGGGGGCCACAGCGCCAGGAGGAUGGCUUUCGCAGCGAAAAGGCAGAACACCAUUGAGCAGUUACAUUUCAUACCGGGAGGGGGCGGUGGGGGGUCAGCAGGAAGUGGGGGAGGCAGUCAGGGAAUCAGGACGGGGAGUAAAAAUGAGGUGACGGUGUGAGGUUUGUGCCUAAUGCAGAGUUAACCCCUCAUCAAAGGUUCGGGAAUAGAUCACCCUUCUGCAUUUAACUAUUAGAUUUACAACUGCAAGUAAUACAACUAGAAUACAAGUAUAAAGUAUAGUAACAGUAUAAUGUGUUUAGGCUAUUCAAAUUAGUGUUAUCUUGUUAUUAAAUAGCUUGAAUAUGAUUACUUAUAAAAUUUAAACUCUAGGUGGGGAAUAUCUGUUCCAAUUAUGUGAUAGCCUACAUCAGCCAUAUUUUGUAAGAGAAUUUGCCAUAUUGCCAUAUACAGCGGUGCCAUUACUUGUAGAAAGACUGACUGGGAGGGUGAGACAAAACCAACAGAAGUGUCGUUCAUACUUCUGUUUUUAUAUGUUUUUCAAAAAGUACUCAGGAGCCAUAUUAGAUAGGGAAACAGACGAUUUAAAGAUUUUAAAAAAGAGGUAGAUGAAGAGGAGGACCACGUGGAAUAUUGUAUCACAGAAUUUUUGUAGAGAAUUGAGUCAACUAACCCACUGGACCGUCAACCUGCUCGGCCCUCACCAACAACGAUAUAUUAAACUGAGUCUCAUGGGCGAGCAGCAGGACAGACCAGAUGAGUCUAGAUGAAGUGAGUGCCUGGUGAGGGAUUUCGGAGGUCUGACACUCACUGCUCACUCUGCUGAGCCAACCUCACCCUGACGCAGGGAGACAGAACUGCUUCUUGUUGCUUCCUGCGUGAAUCAGCCGACAACGUGGGGGCUGUUUUAGGAGUUUGAACUCUUUGGACUGGGACACAGCAGCCUGACACUAUUGGCAGGACUCCACGCCCGAUUAAAACUGCGGACAUACCCACAUUACUAAUCUGAUGCCUGGGUUUUCCAUGUGACCUUAGAUCAAACCCCCAGAAGAAGUCUUGCGCUCUAUCACUGUUACACUACAGAAGCUGAUAUUAGAUCAUGCUAUGGGUGAGUUUUCCCUAAUGUCCCCAUCUAUAGAUCAGGACCUAACUGUAACAACAACGGGCUACCAAAUAACUGAGAGCCAUCAGUCGUAUUAUUAUUAUUAUUACAAAAAAAAAUCUUGACUUAAACCCACGAGUCAAGACGUGUUCAGUUUACUUAUAAAAAGGCAACUUGCUUUAAUGUAGGUUGUGUAUGAGAGCAAAGGGCCUUUUUACAGAGCACAAAUGAAUAGACCAUGACGCAGAGGUUGCACUUACACAACUGUCCUUCAAAGCCAUUUAUGGAGAUACAAAGAAAAAUACCACAGAGGAAGCUCGUCUGACAAUCACCAUUUUAUUAUUCUCACUAGGUGACAAAUUAUACAAGUCAGUGAUAUUUUGUACAGUCAAAGGAUUGGCUUCAGAGCGAGCCAAGAGAGAGGGCGAGCAGGGGCCUUCUACUGCGUGGCUCCAUAUGCCGAAAGAGACUCGGGUGGUUAGGAAGCCCUUCCCAUCCUCUGACGAAGACCUUGCUGUAUCAUAACGCACUUCAGCCAGUAUGAAUAAAAUAAAAAAAAACUGAAAAGAGACAAAAAAAAAACUUCAUCAAUAACAACGCUUAUCAAUACUAAGGGCUAUCCUAUCCUAUAUACUGUAGUAUGUGAUAUCUGUGGUCCAUAUAAAAUGCUAUCUCUUUCUCUUGAUUUUGUGUUGAUAUUGUCAUGAUGUAUUAAGUAUUAACGUGUACAAAAAACAAGAGCAAUUUAAGCACAGUUCAAAGAGAAACACAGAGACAAAACUUUGCACAAAUCUAUCCCCUGAUAUUUGCACCAGAUACAAACAUACUUUGUAUCGUGUCCUCAAGGUUUACAUUCUGUACAAGCACGGCUGAAGGUGUGACUGAGCAAUGGUAUUUAAUUGGCAGAGGAGAUUUUUUUUCUUUCUAAUCAACAGAAAUCACAGAGGUAAUUACGCCGAUCAAAGAGGAAUUUGUUAUUUGGGAUUUGCUUUUGUUCAGUCAUGUGAAAGGAUACAGAGACUAGAUGCUGAUAAAACAGAAACACAGAUUUUAUUCGGACAAUCUUCCUAUACACAGUGCUAAAUGUAGUUGUUAUGAAUAUGAUGGAGUGUUAUUAUUAAUAAUUAUUAUAACUGUUAUGGUUAUUAUUAACAAUUAUCUUAUGAUGUGAUGUUCUUUUACUUGGUGGGAUUUAAGUGUUUAUUGUUUUUAGAUAACUAGCAUUCUCAUGACUAGUUGGUUUUUCAUACAUCGGGUCAUAAAUUCAAGUUUUUAAAAAACAUUCCAAAUCUUGAUGCAUGCCAGCUCCAUUUCAUUGAGAGGCAUUUACAGUAUGCCUGGAUUCUAAGGUCAUCGAUGCUUACAUGGCCACUUUUUCCAGCUGUAUGUACUGUGCCUAGACAUCGGCCUUAUGACUUCUUGAUCACAAGUGAAUACUUAGGUUUCCACUCUGGUACAAAAAACAUCUAUUGAAAAAAUCUGCAGCCUUCUAUGUGUUGUUGACAGUGUUGUAACAGCCAGUGAGGGAGGGAUAGACGUGUUCGGGACGGGCCAGAAGUUAUCAACGUCACCAGACUAGACACAGUCUGCUGUCACUCGACGGCAGCAGCCUGACCCAAUAACUUGUGGGUUGCACACACUGAAACCCAUGAUGCCAUAAUGUAUGUGUGUUCGGAUGAAUGUUUAUUACACAAGUGGGGAGGAAACGGAGGUCUAAUGGAAACCCGAAUGCUUUGAGUUCAGUGUCUUUUUUCAGGGAAAUAGGACAGAUGACAUACAGUAGUAUUAGAUUUUUUUAAUAGAGCCACAAAAGGUCUGUAGCAAAGUCUGUAAAAUCUCACAAGCCAUAUCCAUCGAAACUCAUUAUCACAAUUUUAUAAAUGGUUAAUCUAAUUUGUGCAAGUAUUGUAUUUUGUAUAGCUAGUACAAUCAGAAUAUUUUGAGUGAUCUCUUCAACAUUAAUUUGAGGAUUCAACAAAUUAUGUGUUAGUAUUUAAUGAAUUGUACAGUGCCAAACUCAUAACAUUUUGUUGUCUUUCUAUUGUCACAGCCUUCUCCAUGGCAACAGGGGUAUUUCUUUUUCACAACUGAGAACUAAUACACAGGAAAGUAUGCUGAAAAGCCAGUUUUCAGAGAGAAAUGAAUGAAUAUGGUGUGUGUUCUAGCCAUUAUGAAUUCAUUUAGCAUGAGGAUGAUUAAUGGCCACCUGAAAUGUAAAAAACAUUACCAACAGUAAAUUGUAUGGACAGGGAUCGCAUCCAGUGAUGAAACUCAUGGAUUUAUUUUCAUGCCUAUAAAUUUUAAAACAACCCUUUUGUUAUUGUUCAAUGCAUUGAUCCCCUUGGAUACGACAGUGACUUACAAAUAAUUUGUAUAAUAAAGUUGGUGG